GUAUACAAUUAACUUUUUCGUGUCAAGAUACAUUGUCAAUAACGCUUCGGAUCGGAAUUUCGUGGCCCAGUUGUUUUGUGCGAAAAGCACUAUCAUCUGAGCACUACAGGAAGAUGGAUAACAAUUCCGGUGGUGGUGUCAUCCUGUAUGCAGGCUCCUCUGGCAGUGCCAGCCCCAGCCCUGGCAGUCCCUCUAGUGGGUACCAGACACAGUCCCCCUCCUCUCACUCCCAGCCCUCGUCCCCGGAGGAGGUCACAUUCACAGAGAUCGGUGCGCUGAAAGGGCGCGUGGGCAGUGGCACCACGUCAUCCUCCAAACUGUUGUUUCAGUUCCCUGAGGUUUAUAAUGGGCCCUCAGCGGCCCCGGUUCAACACGUCUACCAGCACCCCAUCGCUGGGAAAAGGCAAUGCAGCUUUACAGGAACCUUCACCAAGACUGGUGGAAUGGUGCUGCUGUGUAAAGUGUGUGGAGACAUCGCUUCAGGGUUCCACUAUGGAGUUCACGCUUGCGAAGGCUGCAAGGGUUUCUUCCGUCGCAGCAUUCAGCAGAACAUCAACUACAAGAUGUGCGUGAAGAACGAGAACUGCCUCAUCAUGCGCAUGAACCGCAACCGGUGCCAGCACUGUCGCUUCAAGAAAUGCCUCUCGGUCGGCAUGUCUCGAGACGCUGUGCGCUUUGGGAGAAUCCCCAAGAGGGAGAAACAGAGGCUGUUGGACGAGAUGCAGAGCUACAUGAACAGCCUGAACGAGUCCACCACCAUGGAUGUAGAUGCCUCUCCCGUGAGGGAGACUCUGCCCAGCCCUGUUGAGAGCCACUGUAAAGAGCCCAUCUCCAGAGCCUACCGCGACAUCUUCGUUAGCAGUAGCAGCCAACCACAACCAACCAAGAGGACCAACGUCAACAACAACACCCCAUCACCCUUCCCGAGUAACUCCGCCCCUCAGGAGGCCAACUACGCUCACGUGUCUUCCCAGUCCCAACCUAGCCCCACGCAGGUGUACCAAUCCUGCCCUGCCUCUCGUUGCCCUGUCACCUCCAAUGACAACCCCCAUACAUUCCCCACAAUUGACAAUAGUCUGUAUAGUUACCCCAAUUCGUCCAAUCAGAAUCACGGUCAGUCAAAUGGAGGUGUGGCUCAACAGGGCAGCUCUGCCAAUUACAACAGUUUCUCUGCUUCUGGAGUCACCCAGAACCAGCCUUCCUGUCCAUGGAAACUAGCCCCAGGGGCCAAAGUGCUGGCCUGUCCCCUGAACGCGUUUCCUGUCUCCGGAGCAGACCGCUCCAGCCAGCAGGUGUGGGAGUCCUUCUCCCAGUGCUUCACCCCAGCAGUCAAGGAGGUGGUGGAGUUUGCCAAGGGCAUCCCAGGGUUCCAGGAGCUCAGCCAACAUGACCAGGUCAUGCUGCUCAAAUCAGGCACCUUCCAGGUGCUGAUGGUGAGGUUCUGCACGCUGUUCAACGCCCAGGAGCGCACGGUAACCUUCCUGAACGGGCAGACGUACCCCCUGGCCUCUCUCCGGGCGCUGGGCAUGGACUGCCUGCUGGACGCCAUGUUUGAGUUCAGUGAGAAGCUGGGCUCUCUAGGCCUAGAGCCUGAUGAGAUGGCGCUCUUCAUGGCAGUGGUGCUAGUCUCUGCAGAUUGCUCGGGGAUCGCUGACGUCAGGGCCCUGGAGCACCUGCAGGAGGGCCUGAUCCGCGCCCUGCGCUCCCUCAUCACCCGACGACGCCCCGACGAUGCCUCCCUCUUCCCCAAGCUGCUCCUGCGUCUGCCUGACCUACGCACCCUCAACUGCCAGCACUCAGACAAGCUGCUGGCCUUCCGCAUCGACCCCUGAACCCACAUGUUUCAAAAACUGAAACUCUUUUUCCAAGGGCAGAACUUCCUUUGUCAUUGAGGAACUAAUUGUGCAAUCAGAUGGACAUUUCUCAAGAAGCUAAUGUUUGUAAAAGGACAAUAACAAACAUAACUUUUUCUUUUCUUUUCCAUCCGCUUGAAAAAUAUUUCACUUUUAACACACAGGUAUGUGCUUGUAUAUUUACACAACAAACACCUCAAGAUGUCUUGGGGAAGGGUGGUUAGAAGAGUGUACAUGUUGUUAGGCUUAACAUUUUCUGGACAGUGUUUGUUCACUUCCUAGUAUUUCCAGUUUGGUGAAAACCAAAAGCCAUUUCACUUAAGUUUAGUUUCUCCUUCUCAAUUCCUAUUAUCUCUGUUAUUUUUACAUUUGUAAAAAUGGAUAAUGCAGAUAUAAACUGAAAACGGGGACCAUAAGUGAUGAAUGAAAGUGUUUCCAUUAGUGCAUAAGAUAAAGGGACCAUGUACAUAAUUCAAAGAUAACUUCAUAGCAAAACUGUUCUGUGCCAUUCACUAACCAACCACACCAUACAAACUAGUAUUUGAAUGAAUGAUUGUGUCAAGAGGAAUUCAAACUUUUACUGUUUUAAUAAGAUAAAUAACCUCCAAAGAAAGUAUAGUUUAUUUCACACAUGGAUUUUAUAUACUCUAACUCAUAUAUGCAUUCAUCAGAUUUUGUUUAAAUUAAAAAGGUUAAUACUGUAUAGUUUAUAUCUUAAUCUUGUCUGGAAUCACAGCAGGACUGAUGGAAAUGGUCUCAAUGCAUGUUGGAUUUUAAAAUCCAUUUGUUGAUCUAUGUGGCUGGAAAUAUAUAUUGUUCAUCCAAUUUGUCUAUUUUAACAACCUGAUUGAGAGGUGGUGGUGGAGAAGGGAAUCAGUCUAGAAGAAUGUAUAGUUUCUGUUGGCUGGGGAUGGUGUGCGAAACAGUGGUGGGAUAUGCCAAGAGAACACGGAAUAGGACUCUCAGAGGGCAUGACAGAUUGAGAUGCAUAAUGGUACUGUUAUUAUGUCUGAAUCAAUUGAAGAACUUGUCCUGGUAUGAGAUGAUGCAACAAACCAGCGUAUAAAGCCUAAAAUCACCAGCACAGCCACUUCUCAUGCCCCCUGUCCCCUACCCCCAAACGUUUGUCAUACAAACGCAAGCGUUAUAUAUUUUUGGGCGAGGGAUCUUCUUUUACCAGUACAGAUCCGCUCAGUGCUAGUUUGAUUAUGGUUGAUUGAGCACAUGUUCUUGUACAUUUUGUAAAUGUUUUUCUCUUCCUUCCAUAGAAAUGAUAUAAAAUGAAAUUUCUGUA